AGUUAGAUCGCUGAGCGCCCAGCCCAGCUCUGCUCUCCAGCUCUCCGUCGGUGCAUUAGCGCAGCAGCACGGGGCUUGGGGCGGGCUGAGCGGAGUGCCAUCCGCGCUAAGGCACAGUUUGGGUGCGUGUGCCACUGGAGGAGAUCGGCGAGGUUCUAAAGGAGUGUGUGAAGAAAAAAAUAGGAAGGAGGAGAGGAGUUAACACUCUGGACACGCGGAGGUCGUGGCAGAUGAGUGGAAAAAGAAACAGCGCGUUUGGAUAUUUUCAUUGGCUUGUUUUUGGACCGUGGCACUGGCCGUUUAACAGCAUCUUUGGCACUGGGUAUUGGGCUUUUUAACGUACGGGGGGCUUUGACUGCCUGACUCUUGUACCUCAGUGCGCACUGGGCUGGGUGUUUGACUCUAAUAACACUGGUCUGGAACUGGCUCUCUAGUACACCGGGCUGUGGAGUUUCUCUCACUAUGACCCCGCUGAAGGCGUGCACACCCCGGCGGGCUUCAGAGAGACCCUGAGCCAAACAGGAGAGCGCACCACAGGAUCAGAGAGAGAGAGAGAGAGAGAAAACUUCCCUCGGCUGAGGGUAGAAGCUGAACGCAGGAGAGCCGUGGAUGUGCGCUGGAACAGGAUGGGUCCACUAGCGUGGCUGUUCUUCUGUGGAUUACUGCACUUUCAGGCUGAUGGAUCCCGUCUGCGGCAGGAGGACUCCCCGCCCCGCAUCGUGGAGCACCCCUCCGACCUGAUUGUGUCCAAAGGCGAACCAGCCACCCUCAACUGCAAGGCCGAGGGGCGGCCCACACCCACUGUGGAGUGGUACAAGGACGGAGAGAGGGUGGAGACGGACAAAGACGAUUCUCGCUCCCACCGCAUGCUGCUACCCAGUGGCUCCCUCUUCUUCCUGAGAAUAGUCCAUGGCCGCCGCAGCAAACCGGACGAAGGGGCAUAUGUCUGCGUGGCCCGAAACUACCUCGGAGAAGCUGUCAGUCGCAAUGCCUCGCUGGAAGUAGCAUUACUACGGGAUGAUUUCCGACAAAAUCCUACAGAUGUGGUGGUUGCAGCAGGGGAGCCGGCCAUUUUGGAGUGUGUUCCCCCUCGCGGCCAUCCGGAGCCCACCAUCUACUGGAAAAAGGACAAAGUGCGGAUCGAUGAGAAGGACGACAGGAUCAAGAUUCGAGGGGGCAAACUGAUGAUUUCAACCACGAGGAAGAGUGACGCUGGCAUGUAUGUUUGUGUGGGCACCAACAUGGUGGGAGAAAGGGAUAGUGAGACUGCCCAGGUCACUGUUUUUGAACGUCCCACAUUCCUGCGGAGGCCCAUAAACCAGGUGGUCUUGGAGGAAGAAGCGGUGGAGUUUCGUUGUCAGGUGCAGGGAGAUCCUCAGCCAUCUGUUCGUUGGAGAAAAGAUGACGUGGAUGUCCCCCGCGGAAGGUAUGAUAUUAGGUAUGAUAAGGAGGACUACGUGCUGCGGAUAAAGAAGGCUUCAGCAGGUGAUGAGGGAACGUUCACCUGUGUGGCGGAGAACCGUGUGGGGAAAGUGGAGGCUUCAGCUACACUUACAGUCAGAGCUCGCCCUGUGGCGCCGCCCCAGUUUGUGAUCCGUCCGCGGGACCAGAUUGUGGCUCAAGGGCGCAUGGCCUCCUUUCCCUGCAAGACCAAAGGGAACCCCCAGCCUGCGGUGUUCUGGCAGAAAGAAGGGAGUCAGAACCUGCUGUUUCCCAACCAGCCGCAGCAGCCCAACAGCCGCUUCUCAGUGUCGCCCAGCGGAGAUCUGACCAUCACGGGUGUGCAGAGGGCAGACUCCGGCUACUACAUCUGCCAGGCACUGACCGUGGCCGGCAGCAUCCUGGCCAAAGCCCAACUGGAGGUCACAGAUGUGUUGACAGACAGGCCUCCGCCGAUCAUCCGCCAGGGUCCGGCCAACCAGACUCUGGGAGUGGACAGCGUGGCUCUGCUGAAGUGCCAGGCGUCCGGCGAGCCUGUGCCCACCAUCAGCUGGCUGAAGGACGGGGUUAGUCUGCUGGGCAAAGAUCCGCGCAUGUCCCUGCUGGAGCUGGGCAGCCUCCAGAUUAAAAACAUACGGCUCUCUGAUUCUGGAAUCUACACUUGUGUGGCUGCCAGCUCUAGUGGGGAAACAUCAUGGAGUGCUUUUCUGGAAGUGAAAGAGUCUGCUGGUGUUGUGUUGAUUAAGAACCGAGAUGAGAGUGAACUCCCUGGACCUCCCUCCAAACCUCAGGUCACUGACGUCACCAAGAAUAGUGUGUCUCUGUCCUGGCAACACGGCCUCGUCGGAGCCUCGCCCACCUCUUCUUAUGUGAUCGAAGCAUUCAGCCAAUCUGUGAGUAACAGCUGGCAGACGGUAGCGGACCACGUUAAGACCACCCAAUUCACCAUUAAAGGUCUCCGGCCCAACACAAUCUACCUGUUCAUGGUGCGAGCUGUCAACGCACAGGGCCUGAGUGACCCCAGCCCCAUGUCUGAACCUGUCCGGACACAAGAUAUCAGUCCUCCAGCUCAGGGUGUGGAUCACAGGCAUGUUCAGAAGGAGUUGGGGGAGGUCAUUGUUCGUCUCCAUAACCCAGUGGUCCUCAGCCCCACCACCAUUCAGGUCACGUGGACAGUGGAUCGUCAGAGUCAGUUCAUUCAGGGUUACAGAGUUUUGUACCGGCAGUCGUCAGGGCUGUCAUCCCCAGGACUGUGGCAGAGCCAAGAUGUGAAGGUGCCCUCAGAGAGAACUGUGGUGCUCUCCUCACUGAAGAAAGGCAUCGUCUACGAGAUUAAAGUCCGUCCCUACUUUAAUGAGUUCCAGGGCAUGGAUAGUGAAUCCCGGACAGCAAGGACCACUGAAGAACCUCCUAGUGCCCCUCCCCAGCAGGUGACUGUCCUGACAGUGGGGAAUCAGAACAGCACUUCUAUCAGCAUCUCUUGGGAUCCCCCUCCUGCUGACCACCAGAAUGGCAUCAUUCAGGAGUACAAGAUUUGGUGUUUGGGGAACGAAAGCCGUUUCCACGUGAAUAAAACAGUAGAUGCAGCCAUCCGCUCAGUGGUUGUGGGGGGUCUGCAGGCAGGGGUGCUGUACCGCGUAGAGGUGGCUGCAAGCACCAAUGCAGGAGUUGGCGUGAAGAGCGAGCCUCAGCCAAUCAUCAUUGGUAAGGACUUCCGAGAUGUGAUUGUGAGUGGAAACAAGAAUAACAGCAUCACAGAACAGAUCACAGAUGUAGUGAAACAGCCAGCCUUCAUCGCAGGCAUUGGAGGAGCCUGCUGGGUCAUCCUCAUGGGCUUCAGCAUCUGGCUUUACUGGAGGAGGAAGAAGAGGAAGGGCCUCAGCAACUAUGCCGUUCAGUCGUUCACCUUCACCCCUGCAGUGACGUUCCAGCGUGUUGAUGGUGGCUUGAUGAGUAAUGGAAGCCGUCCUGGUCUGCUGAAUGCUGGUGAUGCAGGGUAUCCUUGGCUGGCUGACUCCUGGCCAGCCACUAGUAUGCCCGUCAACAGCGGCUCUUCAGGACCCAAUGACCUCAGCAACUUCAGCAGCCGUGGAGAUGUGAUGCCCACUGCUCAGCCUGACAAAACAGGCACCAUGCUGUCUGAUGGAGCCAUCUACAGCAGCAUCGACUUCACCACAAAAGCGGGCUUCAGCAGCCCCAGCCCGGCCUCACAGGCCACGCCAUAUGCCACGACACAGAUCCUCCACUCCAGCAGCAUCCAUGAGCUGGCUGUGGACCUGCCUGACGCCCAGUGGAAGACUUCAUUGCAGGCCAAGCAGGAGAUGGCCAGUCUGGGCUACUCUCUGCCUGACAAAAACUCCUGCAACAACACACUCCUUUUCAUUCCUGACUACCGAUUGGCUGAUGGAUUGUCUAAUAGAAUGCCCCACAACCAAUCACAGGAUUUCAGCACCACCAGUUCACACAACAGCUCAGAGCGGAGCGGCAGUCUGUCAGGUGGGAAAGGAGGAAAGAAGAAAAAGACCAAAGCAGGGGCCAAGCCAACUAAGGCCAAUGGCUCCAACUGGGCAAAUGUCCCCUUACCACCCCCUCCUAUCCAUCCUCUGCCAGGCACAGAGCUGGAACACUACCCCACAGAGCACCACGAAGGAGGAGGUUACGAAAGUGAUGGCUGGGGUCCUCCACUGCCCGUACAAACAUACCUGCAUCAGGGCCUGGAGGAUGAGCUGGAGGAAGAGGAGGAGCGUGUGCCAACUCCACCCAUCAGGGGUGUGGCCUCCUCUCCCGCAGCUGUGUCCUUCGGCAAGCAGUCCACAGCCACACUGACCCCGUCACCCAGAGAGGAGAUGCAGCCCAUGCUGCAGGCCCAUCUGGACGAGCUAACACGGGCCUACCAGCUGGACAUGGCCAAGCAGGCCUGGCACUUGCAGGGUGGGCCAUAUCCUCCUCAGGCCCCCGCCCCUCCAGUGGGGUACAUGUCCAGCACCCUCGUGUCUGACAUCGAGACAGAUCUGCCUGAUGAAGAUGAGGAUGAUGAGGAAGAAGAUGAAGGUUAUGAGAUGUCUCCGCCCCUCCGUGGUAUUGAGCAUACGCCGGGUUCGAGCAUGGACAACCUAGACAGCUCAGUAACAGAUAAAGGCCUGCCCCUGAGACCUCGCCCUGCUAGUCCAUUCUCUACAGAUGGCAGCACUAUGGGCACACACAGUCUGGGGCACCAGCGGGCGGCGCGACCUGCCCGCAAACACAGAGGCCCAGGCACUGCCCCGCACCGCAGGGAUGCCAGCGCUGACGACCUACCUCCACCCCCAGAACCCCCACCCUGUCAGGGCCCACGUGCUCAGGGGCCAAGGAGCGUGGGAAAUGUAGGCGACCCUUCUGAUCGUAAGGCCUCGUCAUUGGAGAGGCAGCCCAUGGCCGGCCUGGAGGAGGUGAAGAGCUCUCUGGACAGGCAGGCCCGCACCUCUCUGGAGCGCCACCGGCAGGCCCAGGAGAGACUGGGCUCCAUGGAGAGAGCAGAGGAGGCUAGGAGAGCGCAGAAGAACGGCCCAACCUCAGAAGAGGCCAUGCUGCCCUAUAGCAAACCAUCUUUUCCAUCCCCUGGGGGCCACAGUUCAUCUGGGACGGCAUCCUCCAAAGGCUCAACGGGUCCUCGGAAGGGAGAGGGCUCACGAGGUCAGCACCAGCGUGCCAACACUGAGCACGACUCCAGCUACCUGGGGACCAACGGCCAGGGACAGUAUUCGGGAGAGUUAUAGUGACCAGCCCUGUGUGUGAGCUGGAGAAUGCCUUUACCUGCCCUGGAGAUGCCUCGCAAUGCUCGGUGCAAUGGACUCGUAACUAGUGUCAGAAGGAAGAACAGAUCGGAUGAAGGUGAACGGCGAAAACAGCGAACUGUAAAUGUGAUGUAAAGAUGGACAUGCGACCCACAGUGUUGAUUUGAUGUUUUCUGUCCUUUCGAGAACAAACAAAACACCUUCCUCUUUCAAAACGAAACCAUUCAUCCAGAGACAGAAAAAAAAAAAAAAAAGGAAAAUCGAAAGAAUCAUCCGACUCACCCAAC